GAAAUAUAUUUGACUUUUUUUUUUGCGGCGGCGCUCUUCACCGUCGAUGCUUCCGGUGAACAGAAGCAGAGCUCUUUUAUCAAUCCUGAGCCAAACCAAAACACUACACCAUACUCAGCAAGUUCACGCCAAGGUCAUAAUCCAUGGAUUCGAAGAUGAAGUUGUUCUCGGAUCCAGUCUCACUAACGCUUAUAUCCAAUCGAAUCGUCUCGAUUUCGCUACUGCUUCUUUCGAUCGAAUCCCUUGUUGGAAGAGGAAUCGGCAUUCGUGGAACACAAUUCUCUCUGGUUACUCCAAAUCCAAGAGUUGUUAUAGCGACGUCUUGCUUCUUUACAAUCGCAUGAGAAGGCAUUGUGAUGGCGUCGAUAGUUUCAAUUUGGUAUUUGCGAUCAAAGCUUGUGUUGGUUUAGGUAUUUUAGAAAAUGGGAUGCUGAUUCAUGGCUUGGCGAUGAAGAAUGGGUUGGAUAAAGAUGAUUAUGUUGCUCCGUCGUUGGUUGAGAUGUAUGCACAAUUCGGUACUAUGGAAAGUGCGCAGAAGGUGUUCGACGAAAUGCCUGUGAGAAACUCUGUUCUUUGGGGAGUUCUGAUGAAAGGAUAUUUGAAAUACACGAAUGACCCUGAAGUGUUUCGUUUGUUUUAUCUCAUGAGAGACACUGGUUUAGCGCUCGAUGCGCUUACCUUGAUAUGUUUGGUAAAGGCUUGUGGGAAUGUUUUUGCUGGUAAAGAAGGGAAAUGUGUGCACGGGUUAUCCAUUAGAAGGAGCUUUAUAGAUCAGAGUGGUUAUUUAGAAGCCUCCAUCAUAGAUAUGUAUGUGAAAUGUAGAUUGUUGGACAAUGCUCAAAAGCUAUUUAAAAGAAGCGUUGAAAGGAAUGUGGUAAUGCGGACUACGCUGAUUUCUGGGUUUGCAAAGUGUGAGAGAGCUGUUGAAGCUAUUGAUCUAUUCAGGCAGAUGCUAGGAGAAUCGAUACUUCCAAAUCAAUGUACUUUGGCGGCCGUUCUUGUUUCUUGCUCGAGCUUGGGAUCUCUGAGGCACGGGAAAAGUGUUCAUGGCUAUAUGAUAAGGAAUGGGAUUGAAAUGGACGCUGUGAAUUUCACAUCUUUCAUCGAUACAUAUGCUAGAUGCGGGAAUAUACAGAUGGCUCGGAAGGUUUUCGACAUGAUGCCAGAGAGAAAUGUGAUAUCUUGGAGCUCGAUGAUCAAUGCUUUUGGGAUAAAUGGUAUGUUCGAGGAAGCUCUGGAUUGUUUUGAUAAAAUGAAGUCACAAAACCUAGUUCCCAAUUCUGUGACAUUUGUUUCGCUUUUGUCGGCCUGUAGCCAUUCGGGAAAUGUCAAAGAAGGAUGGAAACAAUUUGAAUCGAUGACAAGAGACUACGGGCUAGUGCCAGAGGAAGAACAUUACGCGUGUAUGGUGGAUUUGCUAGGUCGAGCUGGUGAAAUUGGAGAAGCUAUGUCGUUCAUUGACAACAUGCCUGUGAAACCAAUGGCCAGUGCUUGGGGAGCUCUUCUGAGUGCUUGUAGAAUCCAUAAAAAAGUUGACUUAGCAGGAGAAGUCGCAGAGAAGCUCUUAUCCAUGGAACCCAAUGAAUCAAGUGUCUACGUUUUACUUUCUAACAUAUAUGCUGAUGCUGGGAUGUGGGAGAUGGUGAAUUGUGUGAGACAUAAAAUGGGCAUCAAAGGAUAUAGAAAACCUAUGGGACUAUCUGCUACUGAAGUCGGCUAGAACAUUUUGCUAUUGAUUUCUGCAUCAUGGUUUUGACAGAUGAUGGAAAUAUGAAGCGCCAGGAGGACAGACAGA